AAGAAAGAGGGCACUAGAGUACAGACAAAAUACCGUGUCUGCAUCUUAUUGUGUCAGUGCAGUAGAUUUUGUUCAGAGUAACGAUUUGAUCCAGGAACAUUUCUGUGUCUCCCAUCCAGGUCACAUGUGUCCAGAAUAAUAUCCUUAGCUAUAAACUCAAUCUAUUUCAUUUAGGGGUGCUGUGUCAGGAUUUAGAAACACUGGACUGUGUCUAGGAAAAAAUACCGUGUGGACUGACACUUUCUAGACAACUCAUUGAACUUUGCGUGGAUCUGCAUGGCGUCCUUCUGUAAGAUGUUUGAUCUGUUGCUGGUUGUGAUGAUGAUGGUGACAUUGGAUGUCCUGUACAGAAGUGUCAGUAGGGGUACUAUGCUCUCAGGUGCUUCUUCCCCACGAUCAGUGGCCAGGAUGGAUGGAGAUGUCAUUAUAGGAGCCCUAUUCUCUGUUCACCACCAGCCACCAGCUGAGAAAGUACCAGAGAGGAAGUGUGGGGAGAUCAGGGAACAAUAUGGCAUCCAGAGAGUGGAAGCCAUGUUUCACACUUUGGAUCAAAUCAACAUGGAUCAGACCUUGCUGCCUAACAUUACCCUGGGGUCAGAGAUACGAGACUCCUGCUGGCACUCCUCUGUCGCUCUGGAGCAGAGUAUUGAAUUCAUACGAGAUUCUCUUAUUUCAAUGAGAGAUGACAAAGAUGGGAUCAGUAAGUGCUUAGAUGCCACUCCAACACCUCAAGGCAGAAUAAAAAAGCCCAUUGCUGGUGUUAUUGGACCAGGGUCAAGCUCAGUGGCUAUCCAAGUCCAAAACCUACUGCAACUUUUUGACAUCCCACAGAUUGCCUACUCUGCAACAAGUAUAGACCUUAGUGACAAAACUCUAUAUAAAUACUUCCUGAGAGUAGUUCCUUCUGACAUCCUUCAGGCCAGGGCUAUGCUGGACAUUGUGAAAAGAUAUAACUGGACUUAUGUGUCAGCUGUCCAUACAGAAGGAAACUAUGGAGAAAGUGGAAUGGAGGCCUUUAAAGAACUUGCAGCACUAGAAGGACUGUGCAUUGCACACACAGACAAAAUCUACAGCAAUGCUGGGGAGAAAAGCUUUGAUCGGCUCCUCAGGAAACUUCGUGAGAGAUUACCAAAAGCAAGAGUGGUGGUUUGUUUUUGCGAGGGAAUGACAGUGAGAGGGCUCCUGAUGGCCAUGAGAAGAUUAGGUGUGGUCGGGGAAUUUCUGCUUAUUGGAAGUGAUGGCUGGGCGGACAGAGAUGAAGUUAUAGAUGGCUAUGAAGCUGAAGCCAAUGGAGGAAUCACUAUAAAGCUUCAGUCUCCAGAUGUGAGGUCCUUUGACGACUAUUUUCUAAGUCUACGUUUGGAUACUAAUUCCCGCAACCCAUGGUUUAGCGAAUUUUGGCAAUACCGAUUCCAGUGUCGUAUUCCAGGACAUCCACAAGAGAAUCAUAACUUUAAAAAGAUAUGUAAAGGCAAUGAAAGUUUAGAAGAAAACUAUGUACAGGAUAGUAAAAUGGGCUUUGUCAUUAAUGCCAUUUAUGCAAUGGCUCAUGGUCUACAUGAUAUGCAUUCAGUCAUGUGCCCAGGACAUGUUGGCCUGUGUGACGCAAUGAAACCUAUUGAUGGCAGCAAGCUGCUUGAAUUCCUUAUAAAGAGCUCAUUUGUGGGCGUUUCUGGGGAAGAUAUUUGGUUUGAUGAAAAAGGAGAUGCCCCAGGAAGAUAUGACAUCAUGAAUCUUCAAUUCAUUGAGCCAAGUAGCUAUGACUAUGUACUUAUAGGAACAUGGCAUGAAGGAAACCUGAAUAUUGAAGACUUCAGGAUUCAAAUGAAUAAGAGUGGAAUGGUUCGAUCUGUAUGCAGUGAUCCUUGCUCAAAAGGUCAAAUAAAGGUGAUCAGGAAAGGUGAAGUGAGCUGCUGCUGGAUAUGUACCCCAUGCAAGGAGAAUGAAUUUGUGCAGGAUGAGUUCACGUGCAAGGCUUGUGAUCUGGGCAGGUGGCCCAACCCUGGACUAACAGGUUGUGAGCCGAUAGUUAUUAAAUAUCUACAAUGGAGGGACAUUGAAUCCAUCAUUGCUGUGGCGUUUUCUUGCGUGGGCAUCCUCAUCACCAUGUUUGUCACUUUGAUUUUCAUACUCUACAGAGACACCCCUGUGGUUAAAUCUUCAAGCCGAGAACUCUGUUUCAUUAUAUUGGCUGGGAUUUUCCUUGGUUAUAUAUGCCCUUUCACACUGAUCGCCAGGCCCACCACAACCUCCUGUUAUCUGCAGCGCCUCUUGGUUGGUCUCUCCUCGGCAAUGUGCUACUCAGCUCUGGUGACCAAAACCAAUCGCAUUGCUCGAAUACUAGCAGGGAGCAAGAAGAAGAUCUGCACUCGUAAACCCCGUUUUAUGAGUGCCUGUGCCCAAUUGAUCAUCGCCUCAAUGUUGAUAAGCAUGCAACUUACAUUGGUGGUUACCUUAACUAUCAUGGAGCCCCCUAUGCCAAUCCUCUCUUAUCCAAGCAUUAAAGAAGUCUAUUUGAUCUGUAAUACUAGUAAUUUAGGUGUAGUGGCCCCUCUUGGCUACAAUGGACUUCUUAUUAUGAGCUGCACCUACUAUGCAUUCAAGACUCGCAAUGUUCCAGCUAAUUUCAAUGAAGCAAAAUACAUUGCAUUUACGAUGUACACUACUUGUAUUAUCUGGUUAGCAUUUGUCCCAAUUUAUUUUGGGAGCAACUACAAGAUUAUUACCACAUCAUUUGCCGUCAGCCUUAGUGUCACAGUUGCUUUGAGCUGUAUGUUCACUCCCAAGAUGUAUAUUAUCAUUGCCAAACCCGAGAGGAACGUUCGAAGUGCUUUCACCACCUCCGAUGUUGUACGUAUGCAUGUUGGGGAUGGAAAAACACCGUGCAGAUCAAAUACAUUCCUCAGCAUCUUCAGAAGAAAGAAACCUAACACUGGAAAUACAAAUUCUAAUGGAAAGUCUGUGUCAUGGUCUGAACCAGGUGGAAGACAAGUACAGAAGGGACAACACAUGUGGCACAGACUAUCAGUGCACGUGAAGAAGGAAACAGGACCAUCAAACCAGACAGCUGUAAUCAAGCCUAUAACCAAAGGCUACCAAGUUCAAAGCAAGAGCCUCACGUUUUCAGAUAUUAGCACUAACACCUUGUACAAUGUGGAAGAGGAAGAAGAGAAUGAGCCAGUGAGGUUCACCCUACCCAGCAGCCCAUCCAUGGUGAUACAUAGGCGCUUAAAUGCAACUCCUCCGCCAUCUCAAGAAUUUGAGGAGGGUCCAGUCUACUUGUCAGAGCAAGUUUCCAAAAGCCUACCUUUGCAAAAGUCUAUUUUGGACCAGCUUCAUGGAGUGAUCAACAAGUUCUCCCCUGGUAUUCCAGACUUUAACUCCGUUAUUCCAAUACCAGGCCCGGAGAAUGGACUUGAUUCCAUCUAUCCCACUCAGCAAGUACUUCCACUUCAGAUGGCGGCUUUCAGUGAAGGUAUAGACUCCUCCACAGAGGAGGUAGAGAGUGAAAAAUUGAACCUCAUUCGGAAUUACAUAUAUGAUAGUACAGAUACUCCUGAUGAAGAACUUGUUCCAAGCAAACUAGUACUGGAGGACUCACCUGCUUUGACUCCUCCAUCCCCUUUCCGGGAUUCAGUAGCUUCAGGCAGUUCUGUGCCUAGUUCACCUGUGUCUGAGUCAGUACUCUGUACGCCCCCAAGUGUGACAUAUGCUUCAGUUAUGUUAAGGGACUACAAGCAAACCUCAUCCACCUUGUAGAAUGCGUCCUUGCAUUUAUGAAGCAUCACAGGGCUUGCCAAGUGGCAAUGAGAAAGACAAUUUAUAGCAUAUGUUAUAACAGAAGGAAAGCAAAUAAUAAGUGUGCUGCACUAAAACUGAUCUUUAUGAGGGCUCCAAGUCUUAUCAUCCAUAUUUAUUUGUUCACUGUAUUACUAGUUAGAUAGAUGCAGUAUAUUUAACUAAGCACAACCUUGUAACCUACAUCUAAAGAAAUAUAUAUUACCCUGUUGUUAUA